AACAGCUCCGACACCAAGGCAGACUUUCCUCCAGACAACGACACGACUACAAAUUCAUUCCCCUCUCGACCUGCGGGUUUCUCCCUAGCACCUGCGAUCUCGAGUCAAACUUGCGAAAAUGGCGUCCGAUACUGAGUCUGAGCCAUCGAUCAACAACAACCCCCAACUUCAAUCCUACUACCUCUCGCUCGAAUCACGAAUCGGAUAUCGAUUGUUCCUUGGUGGCACUCGCCACUUUGGCUACUACGAGAAUGAUACAUACUGGCCCUUUCCCAUCGGCCGCGCCCUAGCCGCGAUGGAGGAUAAGUUGGCGGAGUCCCUCGGCCUUCCCUCGGGCUCCGAUGUCCUGGAUGCCGGAUGUGGCGUGGGCCAUGUCGCAUUGCAUCUCGCAAAGCAGUACGGAUAUCGCAUCCAAGGCAUUGACGUCGUAGCCCAUCAUGUGGAAAAGGCGAAGAGGAAUUUCGCUCGCUCUGGUCUUCCCGACGGUCAGGUCUCGGUACGCAUGAUGGAUUAUCACAAUUUGAAAAAGCUGGACACGGAGUCAUUCGACGGCAUUUACACCAUGGAAACGUUUGUGCAUGCCACAGACCCUCAAGCUGUUCUUGCUGGCUUCCACCGUCUUCUUCGUCCGGGUGGCCGUAUAUCACUCUUCGAAUACGACCAUGAAUUGAUUGAUGGUUCGCCCGAUGAGAUGGCACAGGCAAUGCGGAAAAUCAACAAAUAUGCCGCCAUGCCGACAAAUGAAGUUUCUCAUCCCGGCACUUUCCAAACCAUGCUCGAGGAAGCCGGGUUUACAGAUGUGGUUGUCCGAGAUUACUCUGACAACAUUAAGCCUAUGACAAGGCUGUUCUUCUUGGUCGCUUACAUCCCCUACAUCAUAAUUACCUUCCUUCAUCUGGAACGGUAUUUCAUCAACACCGUCGCGGGGGUACAGUCGUACCGAGGACACGGGCAUUGGCAUUACAUUGCUAUCUCAGCAACGAAACCCGGUGACUCGAUUGAGGAUGCCAAGACACGGUGAUUUGAUGGGGGUCGCUAAGACUCGAUGAGUCCUUAGGACGGGAGUCCUUCAGGUCAGUGGGUAUCUGCAUCUUCAGCCUAUUGGCAAUGCGACUGUAGAGGUCAGGUGCUCGUGUAGAGCAUUGGAGUUGUAUCUUAAGUAGGGUAGCACUGGGUCUAUGAAUACCAUUUCAUGAAAGUAA